GCUCGUCUUUUCGACUGUCUGAACACAACUCACUUGUCACAAUUCCCGAACUCCCGAGGCCCGCCGAACGCCCCGAAUCCCCUGGACGGUAACCAAUACGACCGUUACCGCACCUAUAAUUCAAAGGUCCACCGGUACGAGUGGCGAUCCGUCAUCAUGGCCUCGGCAGUCUUCUUUGCCUCUCACGACUCCGAGACCAUUCUCCCUGGCUCUGCUCGAAUCCGAGGCUCUACCUCGAGGCCCAACAGGAAUCUACGUAGAUGCAACACGGUGGCCAAGGCCGAAUCGUCAAACUGCCAAAACAAUAAGGACAACCCUGAGGAUUCAGACGGGCUCGACGAUGUCGACCUGAACGCCGAACAGGACAAAGGACUUCAUCUCGUCGAGGACGCUUCCGGUAGCAGUCCCCGUCGACUUGAUGCGUCUUCGCGGCCCAUACGGAAUACCAAGUCUCGGGUCAGGGGUGAAUCAUCUCAAAAGCGUAAAGAGCAGAACCGAGUUGCUCAGCGUGCUUUUCGGCAACGGCAAAAGGUCUACUUUGUGGAUCUCGAAGCAGAGGUCGUUGAAAAGUCGAGCCAGAUCCAAGCCAUCACCAAGCAUAACCAGUCUUUGAUGGAGAUGAUGGAGAGGUUGCAGAGGGAGAAUAUCGCUCUGAAAGCGGCAAAGGCUCCUGGUUUGACCGGCAUUUCCCCUCUUGGCAAUCUCGCUUUGGGAAAUGUCGAUAACUCCACUGCAUCGGAUCAACCUGAUGUAAAGGCUUCCGAUGCACAACGAGUCCCCAGUGGCUCCUGCCAGCAUGAUCCUGGAGCCGGGGAAGAGGUUCUCGUUUCCAUCAACGAUCUCGCUUCCGUGAGCAAUGAAGCUCAGAAGAAGAGCAAAAUUCAAAACAAGGCUAAGAAGAAGACGCAGAUCAAGUCGGCUACUACUCGUCGGCGCUCUGCCGAUACUGGCCCUUUUGCCACUGCAAUCGCUCCCCUCUCGUCUCGCUUGCCCAGUACGGUCUCACCGCACUCGCGCUCCAUCAGACCAGAACAUCACGAGCAGAUGGAGAAUUCGGGUCCUGCCUACCCUUCGGGAUAUCAGCGAAGGCAGUCCAGUAAUGCCAGUCACGGAAGCGUCUCUCAGACGUCCGUACUCGCAGCUGCAGAUUUUCCGAAAGCUAUCUCGUCAUCUGGGAUCACCUCGCCAGUUUCCGCGCAGUCGAGGCCUGUCGAACAACUCACCGAGACUAUCAACAAUCCAUCUUGGGUCACGACGGUCCCGCCAACGUCGUUACCUUUGCGCUGUCUCUCGAUGGCACUAUAGCCAACUCGCAUCAGCUGCAUCCACAGAGCUUGGACCAGGCCAUGUUCUCAGAUGGCUCGCAUCAGGCUGGCCUCCCCCAUUCCCCUUUCACGGCUGGACUCUAUGACCAGCAUCAGCAUGACCCGCGUCAACAGCAUCAGAACCAGCACCGCCCGAUUGAUCCGGCACGCAAGUACUCGGAAGCUCUGCUACGAUACCAUGCCGAGGCGCCUAUCAGCUCGUCAGCACACGGACGACGCGCAACAGUCGGCGACCCGAGCUCAAUGACAUAUCCUCAGUCACCAGUCGAAUUUGACCGAGUGAACCAUUGCAGAGCUGGGCAUUCUCUCGACGACGCU